ACAGAUUUGCAAAGUACUCCUGAGCAAGAACAACUCUCAAGAAAACAAAAAGAAAAAAAAAGAUGGCGCAAGUGUUUUGGACAAUCUUGGCAGUGAUCUUGACCACUCUUGGCGUCAAUGGUCAGAUCAAUUGGUGUCAGAUGGAGGCGCAGUACUGCAGCGGAAGUGAACACAUUGCCUGUCAACCAAACAGCUUCCCAAUGGGUCAGAAUGUGAGGAAUAUUCAAAUAAUUCCCAUGCUUCCGUCUCUCAUCCAAGCUGGAGUAGAUCGUCACAACUAUCACCGCAGCAACGUAGCAGCAGGACGCGUUUGGGGCAUCCCGAGUGCAACAACAAUGCAACAGAUGACGUGGCAUUCUGAUCUGGCUUUCGUAGCAGCUGAACACGCUCGUCAUGCUAAUUUCCAGCAUGAUCAGUGCAGAUCUUUCUCAGAGUUCCCCUUUUCUGGGCAAAAUCUUGCCAUCAGGUGGUCAUCUCAGCCCUUCUCCGACUACACCGGUGAAUUUAUCUCCUUCAUCGAUAUGUGGUACGACGAUGAGAUGCCAAUUGUGAGGGAUCAAAUGCCAGGAUGUAUCAACAACUUCCAAUCCGCUUGCUUGCCUGCUGGACACUUCACAGUGAUGGUGAAGGAGAACAACAGAGCUCUGGGAUGCGCUCUCGUGUCUUUUGAGCAGUUUAUGAGCAACAGCUGGUGGUACGCCAUGAUGGUCACAUGCAACUAUGCUGAGACCAACAUGCUGAACCAGCGCAUCUUUGCAACAGGAACACCCUGCUCUGGAUGUGGUGCAAUUGGAAGGCAGUGUGAUGCUUCAACUAGUCUCUGUGUAUAAAAACAGAGCUUUUAAAGUCAACGAGGAAAGAUUUUAUCCUGAUCUACAGUCAUGGACCUCUGCCUAAGUACACAAAGUCCUUAAUUAAUCAGUUAAUUUUUCUUGUUUGAGCUCAAAACAUCGGUGGUGGUAAAUAAAGGGUUUAAAGCAGCAUAA